AGGGGUUCACUCUGUAGUUCAGGUCCUCCUGGAACUUGAAGCCAUGCACACUGCCUCAGCCUCCAGAACCUGGAGGUUACAAGCUGGAGUCACCGUGACCGGCUCUCCAAACAUGUCAAGCCAUUUCCUCCGAUACUCACAAAUGUCCCAUGAAGCAAGGGCAGUGAUGCCCUGAAACUGAGCACCGGGUCAGCUGUCAGCGCAACAACUCCGGAUGGCAAUAACAAAAGGUAUCCGGGGACCCCCCCCCUCGCGAGUGGGGGAUGAGGCCACCCAUGCGCUUCUGUUCUGCACCAGCCACUCACCAGGUUCUCUUGUUGUUGCUUUAGGUGCUAAGAGGUCAGAAUCCCGGGCUGGGGGAUGGGGCCAGUUUUUUGUUCUGUUGUUUUAGUCUCCCUGUGCAGCCCUGGCUAGCCUGGAAUUAGGCUAACGUCAAACUCACAGGGAUCCUCCUGGUGAGGCCAGUUUCGAGAUGAAUCUCCUGCCAGUUCCGGACUGCCCGAGUCACACCCCCGUGGCGUCAACCCCGGAGCCCGAUGGCGUAGCUGCCAAAGUCCUAGGAUGCCAAAGGGGCAGGGCAGGAGGAAGGCAGACGGGGGCCAAUGGCAGUCCAGCGCCUCACCUGGGUGACCACGUGGGCCCAGGUAUGCGGCGGCCCCACCCUGGCCCAGCCCGGCGGACUCCGGGCUCCGUCUGGGAGCGGAAAUUCCUGCAGGGGCUGGACGCUGUGAGCGGAGCUCAGCAUGGAGCCCGUGGAAGCCUGGACCCCUGGGAAGGUGGCAGCUUGGCUGAGAGGCCUUGAUGACGCUCUGCAGGACUAUCCCUUCGAGGACUGGCAGCUGCCUGGAAAGUACCUGCUGCAGCUUUGUCCCCAAAGCCUUGAGGCUCUGACUGUGUGGCCUUUGGGCCACCAGGAGCUCAUUCUAGAUGGGGUGGAACAACUCCGGGCCCUGGGCUCCAAGCUACCAACAGAGAACCUUCAGAGUCUGGCUCAGGGGCUGCUAGAAAGGGCCCAGGCCUUGCAGAGCUUGGUCCAAGGCCGUUUGGGAAACUGCCCAGAGACUCCCUCUGAUGUCCUCUCUGCUGCUGUGGAGCUGGUGCGGGAAGCCCAGGCCCUCCUCUCCUGGCUCAACAGGUACCUCUUCUCCCAGUUAAAUGACUUCUCUGCCUGCCAAGACAUUGGUGUGUUGUGCCAGGAGCUGGGCCAGGUCUUGCAGGAGGACUGCCCAGAGGCUGAGAAGGAAAGCAACAUCCUGAGGAUUUGCAGUCACGUGGCCGGGAUCUGCCACAACAUCCUGAGCUGCAGCCCAGAAGAGCUGCUGGAGCAGAGGGCUGUGCUGGAGCAGGUGCAGCUGGGCGACCCUUCGGAUCUAGAAAUCCAUACCACCAGCAACUGCCUACACUUCGUGUCCCAAGUCGGUGCCCAGGCUCCUGCCAGCUCCCAGAUCCUGCCAGGAGAUGAGAUUGUCCAGAUUAAUGAACAGGUGGUGGUGGGCUGGUCCCACAAGAACGUGAUGGAGCUGCUGAGGGAGCCAGGAAGGGUCAGCCUAGUGCUGAAGAAGAUCCCAGUGCCCGAGACCCCUUCUCAGAUGCCCCUGGACUCCCCUCACCUGCCAAGCCAGUCCCUGCCUCUGACCCCACUAUCUCCCAGGGUUCCGUCCGAAAGUCUUUUUGCCUUCAACCUGUCUGCAGAUGGAAGUCCUGGACCCAGCGCUGCCUGGACAGACUCUACCUCCCUUGACACUAAGUCCCUGCCCACGCCCCCUCCAGCCCCAGGCACUGUUUCAGAAAUAACAGCAGAGUCUCCUGAGACGUCUGGACACUCUGACCAGGUAAACUCAAGGACUCAGCAAGGAGGGCCAUGGGCUCUGGCUCUAGAACCUUUUCUGAGCUCUUCGUGGUCUUUGCAGAGUUCCACCCUUGGUCGGAAGAAAUCAAAAGGUAUGGCCACAAGGUUGAGCCGCCGACGGGUGUCUUGCCGGGAGCUUGGCCUGCCGGACUGUGAUGGAUGGCUUCUACUACGCAAGGUACCUGGAGGCUUUAUGGGCCCACGCUGGCGCCGCUGCUGGUUUGUACUCAAAGGACACACCCUCUACUGGUACCGCCAGCCCCAGGAUGAAAAGGCUGAAGGGCUUAUCAACAUCUCCAACUACAGUCUGGAGAGUGGACAGGACCAGAAGAAAAAAUAUGUGUUCCUGCUGACCCAUGACGUGUACAAGCCCUUCGUCUUUGCUGCUGAGACCCUGUCUGAUCUGAGCAUGUGGGUACGUCAUCUCAUUACCUGCAUUUCCAAGUACCAGACUCCAGGCCAGGCAGCCUCUGCCAGAGAAGAAGAUUGCUACAGCGAGACAGAAGCUGAAGACCCUGACGAGGAGGCUGGGUCCCGCUCCGCUUCGCCUAGCCUGGCUCCAGCGUGGAGUGACACAUCACCCACGGUUUCACCGUCGCAGAGUCCGAGGACGUCCUUUGGCUCUUCAGCAGACAGCAGUGACAGGGUUCUGGAAGGAAUGGUACAGGGACUGAGGCAGGGGGGUGUGUCCCUCCUGGGGCAGCCACAGCCCCUGACCCAUGAGCAGUGGCGGAGCUCUUUCAUGCGGCGCAACCGUGACCCUCAUCUCAAUGAGCGAGCGCACCGCGUGCGGGCACUACAGAGCACCCUCAAGGCAAAGCUGCAGGAACUGCAGGCCCUGGAGGAAGUGCUGGAUGACCCCGAGCUCACGGGAGCAAAGUUCCGGCAGUGGAAGGAACGGAAUCAGGAGCUGUACUCAGAGGGCCUGAGCACCUGGGGAGGGAUAAGGGCCCAGAACAAUUCCCCAGCCCCAACCUCUUACUCCAGAGGUCAGUCCCCACAGCCCUUGCCCGCUGCCUCUGACCCCAAGGAGCCCUCUCAGCUUUUUCCUUUGACCUCAGAGAACAGCCUCCAACCUCCAGACCUCUGACCCUGGCUAGUACCUGGCUCCUGACUUCUGACCCUGAGGGCUCCGUCAUCCCCAGCCUCUGACAUGUCUAAGACAGCAUGCCCAAGGGGUCUGUGUGAGGCUGGAAGUAGUGCUGGUCCUUGGCGUUACCCUAUCCUGGCCUUCCACAGUUUCUGCUCAUGUGUCCCCUGGAGUGGAGGGAAAGUGGCCUUCCUCUCUGUGCUGUGGAGAACCUCUAACCAUCCUCAGAUCUGGGCUACGCCUGCCUCCCGGGUCCUCUGGACAGGUUUCCCAGACCACGUCUGGAUGGGCAUUUAUUUGACAUGAGCGAUGCUUUUCUACCAAAUAAAGCUGAUUUCUCCACCAUGAA